GGCUCGAGCGCCUGGGGAAAUCCCGAAGCAGACUGAAACGGUGGCGGGUCAGAACGAGGAACAGCUGCCAUGGUCGCAAGCUCUCUUCUGCAAUCGUUGUUUGGCCCUGGCCAGCGGUGCGAGGAACAGCGUGGCGUGAAGAUGGAGAAUGCCAAAUGCACCAAAGCAUACAGCGUGGUGAUUGAGAAGCGCCGUCCUGCCAGAGCUUUCGAUUUGGACCUGAGCCUACAGGAGCAGUGCAGCUCCGAGUCCCCGGUGUUCGGCCAAUCACCAGAUGGCAAGCUUUCCACUCCAGGUUCAAAGGGCAGAGCUCAGGUGCUGGCCAACUUCAAUCAGCGAAGCUUGGCAGUCUGGGGUCCUCUCAGACAGAUCAUCUGGUCCUCUCGGCUCAAGGAGUUCAUCUCCUUCCUUCAAAGCCGCAGGGGGGAAGACAAGGGCUGAGACGCACACCAGCAGCCUGAAGGUCCCAAUGGGGACAGCUCUCCAAGUUUUCCAAGACCGGCUGGAUACGAAGUCUAUGACAGGCUUCUGCGCUAGCUCCAGUGACCCGUUGACGGACUUGCGCUGUAUGAUAUCAUUACGUUUCAACGUGACCCCACUUUUCCAUUGAAGUUGGCAGAGGUUGUUUGGGCGCAUGGUUUCUGCCAGAAACAUGUGAAAUUUUGGACUCGUUUAGUUUUGAAGUGUGGGUAAUUCAAUGGAGCAUUAUGCAUCAUGGAUUUUCAAAAGCAAAGCAUGUUUUAAUAGCUUUGCUACAAUUCAGGGGUCUUGACGACCAUCAGUGCCAUCGGUGCUAACUCCCCGAGCUGCGUUGGGCCAUCUUGUGCAGAUUUGAUCGGCUACGGCAGUUAGGUUCACGUCUGGAGUUCCAGGCUGUGCUCCAUCUGACGGCAGCCAAGCAUUGGAAGUUCGUCAAAACAGGCCUUUCUGGUCAGCUGUAACACGCAGACCGGUGGGCUGGAUGGUCAGGCCAAGUGCUUUGCCAUUGGCCCAGCAGACUUGGCGGAGCCCAGAAACAACAGACCCGCCGCGUUUUGCGUAGUCGCUGGCAUGAGGGAGAUCCCGGCGAACUACAGCGAUUUCGCAGGUUCCCCAAUUCGAGCAACUAAGAUGUUGCUCUAAUCGAUGAAAUUGACUUCUCCGAGAGUAGCUCCCGAUUUGCUGCUUGAC